AGGAAGAGAUUAACUCUGACAUAGUAACUCGAGUACAGCACAGCCACUCUCACUGGAAUUAGGGUGUAUGCUUGUUGGAACAAGCAUUCUAGAUUACACCCGAAUCCAAGGCCAGUCGGAUAGUUUCUUCUUGUUACGUGCAGUUCACUCAGUUCGUACUGGCUACACUUCCGCGAUUCAAAAGUCGGGAUCCAUUUGACUAAACAUCUACGCAUUCCUUCAGCUUACCUGGCUAGCACCGCGAGAAAUCCGACAGCGAGCUUGUCUAAAAAAAAACGAUCCGUCGACAUUCGGCCCAGACGUCCGUCAACAUGCAAGUGUCACCUCCACAGCGGCUAAUGCACGCCCCGCAUUCUGCGGCCGUCGACCGCAUGUGCUCGCGAAUCCGUUCCAGAUUCACAGGAGGCAUUCCCGUAGCGCCAGGAGCAGGGCCUGCUGUAGUAAGCGCAGCCGCCGGGAACGCAUCGGUUGGAAACGUAGCAGGAGACAGAUUAGCAGGAGCAGCAGGAAGAGCAGGAGGAGCAGGAGGAGCGUUGAUUGGCCGGCCAGCUCCCGCGCGGUUGCUAGUGGAGUGUAGGCGGGGUAGGUCGUCGCAUCACGACAGAGACAGAGGGGGGAAUAGAGAGAGAGGCGGGAAUGGGGACUCCGGGAGGGGCGGGUAUGGCGACAAGAGGAAGAGCGGACCUCUAGGUGCGGGUGGCGAUAAGGCUGACGUGGCACAGCACCCGUACGCAAUAAAGAUAACCACUCCGCCAGCUAGAGAGUUGGGGAUCCAUUGCCUGCCUCAGAACACGCAAUGCGGCGAGACAGUGGAGAUUGAGGGUGAAAGCUACGUGGUGCUGGGGGUGACGUACCGGUACAGGCUGCAGAAAGGCAAGUAUACAGCCAGGGAGCGACAGCUGGAGGUGCAAUCCCGAGGCAGGUUCCUUGUUAAUAUGUACCUCGCCGACAUGCUGGACAAGUCUUGAAACCAGUCGGUUUUUUAGGCGGGUUCCUGGACAGCUCGAAAGAUGGCAGGGCAGGUCCGUGACAAGGGGGUUGACAGUUGGAGAAACAGUAUUGAGGCGGACAUCUGGUUAACCUCUGCACUAUUGACAUGCUGGACAGGUCGUAAGGUGCCAGGGCUUGUAUAGCUGAGUGCCAGGCUGCAAAAAGGGCGGGUGUACAUUUGAAUGAGCGGUGCCGGUGAUAUGUCUUAGAAACUUGGGACUAAAGGUUCUUAAACUUAGGAGGCUAGGUUGGCUAGGUUACUAGGAAGAAGACCGCCAUGGAAUGGCGUGAGGAAAAACGGAUCUAGGAGGUGAGAGGAUGUCGAGAAGAAAGGUGUGGAUUAGGAAGAGAGGGGAGUACAAGGAGGGGUUUGUACCCCCUACAGAAAGGUUCAGUUCUUAAACUUAGGAGGCUAGGUUGGCUAGGUUACUAGGAAGAAGACCGCCAUGGAAUGGCGUGAGGAAAAACGGAUCUAGGAGGUGAGAGGAUGUCGAGAAGAAAGGUGUGGAUUAGGAAGAGAGGGGAGUACAAGGAGGGGUUUGUACCCCCUACAGAAAGGUUCAGUAACAACCUACCAAGCCUAUAUUAAAUUAUAACUUAUAUA